AUGCCAUGGAGCUCCUCUAUCUUUUUAGCAUCGAUAGGAUUAAGAUUAGGGUUUGAAUUAACAAAAUACGUUGUAAAUAAAUUUCCUGUAAAGUAAAGAGAAGAACGAUUGAUUGAAAAAGGCAUAAAUGAAGUCUUUCUUAAAGAUCUCUAAAAAGAUGUUUAAUUCUAUUAAUUAGAAUAAAAGGAAUCAGAUAAAUUGAAGAAAUUUUAUAGUCUAAAUUCUCUUGUGAGCUAAGGAAUUAACAGUUAUUUUAUUCUUUCGUUUUACAGAGCACUUAAUCACAUAACUUAACAUUCACAUUAAUUUGAGGGAUUUGCAUAGGAAAAGUUAUUUUGGAUGGAAAAUAUCGCCACCUAUGAUCCUAUGUUUCUAUUUCCAAUUAGUAUAAUGAUUGUAAAUUAUUCACUCCUUAAAAACAGCUCUCAUCCUAUGCUUAUCCACCUUCGUAACGAUCCAAAUAAGCUAAAGAUGUUGAACUUAGCAUUUUUUUCUGGCCUUUUUUCCAUUUUCUUUCCUGCAAAUUACUUAGUUGGUUAUGCUGGAUUGGCUUGUACUCAUUUAUUUAUUGAAGCGUUAAAGAAAAGAUAAUUUAAAAAAAAUGAACAAGAAGUCUUAAAUAAGUUCUGCUUUCCAAAAGAUUUCAUAAAAAAAUAUUGA